GUGCUGCUCAAACAUGAACGAGAACAACAAACACUAACAAACUAACUAAUCAUGUUUUCAUCAAAGAGUAAUCAUUUAGAUAUAAUCUAUAAUUCAUUAAAUACCAAAUGUAGAUCAUAAACUUCUAAAUAUGAAGUGUUUAAUUUACAGCGUUAGUUUUGAAUGUUUUUUAACAGGUGAAGACUAUUAACUCUUGUUAUUCUUUUCUUACAGAUGGAGUUUAUUAAAGAGGAGACUGAAGAUAUGAAGAUAAUUAUUAAAGAUGAGACUGAAGACAUGAAGAUUGAAGAUAUUGAGGAACAAACAGAUCUAACAGCACUGAGAGAGGCUAGCCAUGAACUUAAUGAAAGGGAAGAAGAGAAAGAACAUUAUGAUAAACAUGAUUUUAUGACUGGGGAAAGGUCAACGCUGGCUAAAAAGACUUCCUCACUAAAAAGAGUUCAAAAGACAGGAACUAAAAGAUAUUUCACCUGCCAACAGUGUGGAAAGAGUUUUGAUCGACAUAAAAACCUUCAAGUCCACUUGAGAAUUCACACUGGAGAGAAACCCUUUUCUUGCCGGCAAUGUGGAAAGAGCUUCAGUCAAAAGGGAAGCCUUAAAGUCCACAUGAGAACUCACACUGGAGAAAAACCUUACACCUGCCAACUGUGUGGAAAGGGUUACAUUCGAAAAGGAAACCUUAAAGUUCACAUGAGAAUUCACACUGUAGAGAGUCCAUUCGCCUGCGUACAGUGUGGACAGAAUUUCAGUGAAAAAGGAAAACUUGAAAUCCACUUGAGAAUUCACAAAGGAGAAAAGCCUUACACCUGUCAAGAGUGUGGAAAGAGUUUCAAACAAAAAGGAAGCCUUAAAUACCACAUGCAAAUUCACACUGGAGAAAAGCCUCAUACCUGUCAAGAGUGUGGAAAGAGUUUCAGUGAAAAAGGAAAACUUGAAAUCCACACAAGAUCUCACACUGGAGAAAAGCCUUACACCUGCCAACAACGUGGAAAGAGUUUCAGUGAGAAAGGUAACCUUACAGCACACAUGAGAAUUCACACUGGAGAAAAGCGUCAUACCUGUCAAGAGUGUGGAAAGAGUUUCAGUCAUAAAGGACACCUUGUAGUCCACAUGAGAAUUCACAUGAGAAUUCACACUGGAGAAAGCCCAUUCACCUGCCAACAGUGUGGAAAGAGUUUCAAUGUAAAAGGAAGCCUUGAAAGACACAUAAGAAUUCACACUGGAGAAAAGCCUUACACCUGUCAAGAGUGUGGAAAGAGUUUCAGUCAUAAAGGACACCUUGUAGUCCACAUGAGAAUUCACACUGGAGAAAGCCCAUUCGCCUGCCAACAGUGUGGAAAGAGUUUCAAUGUAAAAGGAAGCCUUGAAAGACACAUGAGAAUUCACACUGGAGAAAAGCCUUACACCUGCCAGCAAUGUGGACAGAGUUUCAGUCAAAAAGGAGGCCUUAAAGACCACAUGAGAACUCACACUGGAGAAAAGCCUUACACCUGCACUCUGUGCGGGAAUGGCUUUACACGGGAACAAAUCCUUAGGGAACACAUGAAUAUUCACACUGGAGAGAAGCCUUUUACAUGUGAUCAGUGUGGAAAGAGUUUCGCAUAUAAAUUGUCACUUUAUUUUCACAUGAGAAUUCACACUGGAGAGAAGCCAUACACAUGUGAUCAGUGUGGAAAGAGUUUCGCACAUAAAUCGUCACUUUAUUGUCACAUGAAAAUUCACACUGGAGAGAAGCCAUUCAUGUGUGAUCAGUGUGGUAAGAGUUUCAGAUUAAUGGGAAGCCUUACAGUUCACAUGAGAAUUCACACUGGAGAAAAGCCAUAUAUCUGCCGACAAUGUGGAAAGAGUUUCAGUCAAAAGGGAAGCCUUACAGUCCACAUGAGAGUUCACACUGGAGAGAAACCCUUCACCUGCCAACAGUGUAGAAAGAGUUUCACACGUAAAGAAAGCCUUAAAGUUCACAUGAGAAUUCACACUGGAGAAAAGCCAUAUAUCUGCCAACAAUGUGGAAAGCGUUUCAGUGACAAAGGACACCAUACAGUCCACAUGACAAUUCACACUGGAAAAAAGCCUUACACCUGUCAAGAGUGUGGAAAGAGUUUCAAUAGAAAAGGAAGAUUUGAAAUCCACAUGAGAAUUCACACUGGAGAGAAACCUUUAACCUGCCAACAAUGUGGAAAGAGUUUCAGACAAAAAGGAAGCCUUAAAGUCCACAUGAGAUCUCACACUGGAGAAAAGCCAUAUAUCUGCCAACAAUGUGGACAGAGUUUCAGUCAUAAAAGAAACCUUAUGGUCCACAUGGGAAUUCACACUGGAGAGAAGCCUUACACCUGCCAACAGUGUGGAAAGAGUUACACACGUGAAGAAAGCCUUAAAGUCCACAUGAGAAUUCACACUGGAGAAAAGCCAUAUAUCUGCCGACAAUGUGGAAAGAGUUUCAGUCAUAAAAGAAGCCUUAAAGUCCACAUGAGAAUUCACACUGGAGAAAAGCCAUAUAUCUGCCGACAAUGUGGAAAGAGUUUCAGUCAUAAAAGAAGCCUUAAAGUCCACAUGAGAAUUCACACUCGAGAGAAACCUUUCACCUGCCGACAAUGUGGAAAGAGUUUCAGUGACAAAGGAAACCCUACGGUCCACAUGAGAAUUCACACUGGAGAAAAGCCUUACACCUGUCAAGAGUGUGGAAAGAGUUUCAGUCAAAAAGGAAGACUUGAAAUCCACAUGAGAACACACUGGAGAAAAGGCUUAAGCCUGUCAACAGUGUGGAAAGAGUUUCAGUUGAAAAGAAAGCCUUAAAGAUGACAUAAGAAAUCACACUGGAGAAAAGCCUUAAGGCGGGAACACGCCAAGCCGACAGUCAGUUGUCGGGUAGUUUUUGUUAGUCGGCCGACUAAGGCUAUGUCCACACGAACCCAGAUCUUACAAUCUUUUUUUUUUCUCGUAUCAAGAAAUAUCUGCAUCCACACGAAACCUCUGAAAUGAAUCAAAAUGAUGUAUAUACAUGCCAGACCAGUAUGUGGCACUGUAAUUC